CCGGGGCUGAGCCGCUGCUGCUCCCCAGCGGGGAGAGACCUUCGCUAACCCCCCUCUGUGCCCAGCCGGGGGGACUUUCUGCGGGGGCUGGACUCAGCCCCGGGCUGUAACGACACCAGCCCCUGAGCCGGAGCCUGCAGAUGACUCAACUGUUCCUGGCUAAAAAAUCUGUAAAAAUUGCACAUGGAAACACAUGAGUGAAUAAACUCACCUUGUGUGCAGGAAGCCCACACUCCAUCUAACCCAGGGCUAUUUCUAUUCCAGAUCUCUCCGAUGGAGCCAGGGGAGGAGCUGGGCACCUUGGAUGAAGAGGAAGGGGAGAUCCAGAGAGGAAUCUGCGCAGCAGAGGAUAGGACGGUGAAGAUAAAGGAGGAGGAUUGCCUGCGGGAAGCGGAAGCAGAUGGGAGGCUAUUGGGAAGAUCCGAAGGGAGCAUUUCCCGGAGUCCUGAGAAGGUGACUACCUACGAGAGCCAAUGCAGUUCAAAAGAUCUGGGGGAAAUUCCCAUAGAGGAGUCACAUGGUAAAUCCAGUACCACAGGCAGAGCUCUCAGGAAAUCUAAAAGUAUAAAAGUACAUCAGAGAAUCCACAUGGGAGAGAAACCCUAUAACUGCCUUGAGUGUGGGAAAAUCUUCAAUCGGAGGUCAUUUCUUAUUACGCAUCAGAGAAUUCACACUGGAGAGAAGCCCUAUAAAUGUCCCGAAUGUGGGAAAAGCUUCACUGUGAGAUCAACCCUUAUUAAACAUAAAAGAAUCCACACAGGAGAGAAACCCUAUAAGUGCCCUGACUGCGGGAAAAGCUUCCGUCUGAGCUCGACCCUUUGUACCCAUCGGAAAAUCCAUACAGGAGAGAAACCAUAUGAGUGCCUCAAAUGUGGGAAAAAAUUCCGAGUGAGCUCUUACCUUCUUGCACACGAGGCCACCCACAUGGUGGACAACCCUUACAAAUGCCCCGACUGUGGGAAAAACUUUAGUGUGAGUAGAGACCUCCAUGUGCAUCAGAGAAUUCACACGGGAGAGAGACCCUUUAAGUGCCCCGUGUGUGGGAAAAGCUUCAAUCGGAGAUCGAUCCUGAUUGUACAUCAGAGAGUCCACACUGGAGAGAAGCCCUAUAAAUGCCCUGACUGCGGGAAAAGCUUCAGUGUGAGCUCAGACCUCACAGCACAUCUGAGAAUCCACACAGGAGAAAAACCUUAUAAAUGCUUUGAUUGCGGGAAUAGCUUUCGUCUGAGCUCCCAUCUUACCAGACAUCAGAGGAGCCACACUGGAGAGAGACCCUAUAAAUGCCUGGUCUGUGGGGAAAGCUUCAGUGACUGCUCAGGCCUUAUUAAACAUAAGAGAAUGCACACUGGAGAGAAACGAAGGCCAGCACCUGUUACACAUCAGGGAACUAACAUGGCAGCAGCACCUUAUAAAUGCCCUGACUGUGGGAAAAACUUCAGUAUGAAUUCAGCCCUUGUUAAACACCAGAGAAUCCACACAGGAGAGAAACCCUAUAAGUGUCCCGAGUGUGGGAAAAGCUUCAGUUAUUGCUCAGCCCUUAUGAAACAUCAGAGAAUCCAUACAGGAGAGAAACCCUUUAAAUGCCUGGACUGUGGGAAAAGGUACAAUGACAGAUCAACCCUCCGGAGACACCGGCGAAUCCACUCAGAAGACAGGCCCUAUAAAUGCCCUGACUGUGGGGAACAAUUCAGUGUGACCUCAGGCCUUAUUAGACACCAGAAAAUCCACACUGAGGAGAGACCUUUUAAAUGUAGUGAGUGCAGGAAAAGCUUCCAGUCAAACUCACUUCUUAAAACACAUCAGAGGAUCCAUACGGGAGAAAAACCCUAUAAAUGCCCCGAGUGUGGGAAAAACUUUCGUCAGAGUUCCCACCUCAUAAGACAUCAGAAAAUCCACACAGGAUGCUUUGGUCCCAGCUGCUGCAGCCCGAGCUGGUAUCCAGGGGCACAGGAAACGGCUGGUUCAGCUGAGCGCGGUUGUAUCCGGUGCAGGCAGAGGCGAGAGUUUAGGGCUCCCAGAUGCGGCCACAAUCCCAGCGAGAGCAGGAGCGCGCGGCUCCUGACUGGUGAUGGAAUAGUGGGUGAGAACCAGGAAGAGAAUCCACAGCAGGCAGGUCCUGAGCAAGUGGAACCAUGUGGGAGAGUAUCGGGAAGAUCCAAAGGGGAUGUUUCCUUGAGUCCUGAGCGAGAAGAAGGCCAUGAGACUCAGCGCAGGUCAGAGAGGCAGAAGAGCAACCAGCAAAAGAAGAGAGAGGAUGAAUCCACUUGCCAAGGGAGAAGUUUGGAGGAUCCUAGUGAAAUCAUGGUCCAACCACGAGUCCACAUGAAAGAGAAACUGUAUAACUGCCCAGAGUGUGGGAAAAGCUUCGCUCAGAUAUCAAACCUCCUGGUACAUCAGAGAAUCCAUACGAGGGAGAGACCCUAUAAAUGCCCUGACUGUGGGGAAAGCUUCACGCUGAACUCAGACAUUAUUUCCCAUCGCUCAGUCCACACAGGAGACAGGCCCUAUAGCUGCCUUGAGUGUGGAAAAUGUUUUGCUAAUUUCUCAUCCCUUAUUUCACAUAGACGAAUCCACACGGGGGAGAGACCCUAUACAUGCCCCGACUGUGGGAAGAGCUUCAAGCGGAGCUCAGACCUUAGUAAACAUCGAAGACUUCACACAGGAGAGACGCCCUAUAAAUGCCCUGAGUGCGGGAAAAGCUUCACUCAAAGCUCAAACCUGGUUUCACACCAGAGAAUCCACACAGGAGAGACACCCUAUAAAUGCCCCGAAUGUGGGAAAAGCUUCAAACAAAGAUUCAGCCUCAUCGUACAUCAAAGAAUCCACAUCGGAGAGAGAUCCUAUAAAUGCCCCGACUGUGGGAAAAGGUUUAGUAACAGCUCCCAACUUAUUAGACAUCGACGAAUCCACACAGGAGAGAAGCCCUAUAACUGCUCUGAAUGCGGGAAAAGCUUCAGUCAGAGCUGGGGAGUCCUUAGACAUCAGAGAAUCCAUUCAGCAGAGACACCCUAUAAAUGUUCUGUCUGUGGGAAAAGCUACAAAGGGAAGGAUUCGCUGAAGUCCCACCAGAAAGUGCACACAGCGUAGAAGGUUUUGGGAGCUCUCCCUGUGGGGCAAUGGGUCUCUUCCCUUUGGAAGCAUGUUUCAUCUGAGGAUGGUCUGGGUAAAGGUAGCAGGUUGGUGGCUGGUCUGGGUUUUGGGGAGGGCAGGGGGUCGGUGAUGAGCAGGGGAGGAGGAAACACUGGGUACUUGGUUGCGGGGGAGCAGGUGAUGGUAUCACUGGGGAGACAUUUCUGUGGCUUUCACACACACACUUUCCAAUGUAGAGAAAAGGCAAAAAUCCUCCUAUAGUUUGCGUCUGAGUUGUCCCUGCAGCUCCUAAGGCCCCUCGGGGUGAGGGCAGGGGGAUGUUUUUGAAGGGAGCAGCGAGAGGUCCUGCAGGACUGUAGUUUAUAGAAUCAUAGAACUGGAAGGGACCUUGAGAAAUCAUCUAGUCCAGCCCACUGCA